UAGCUUCACUACAUUUUAUGUGUUAGUUUUGGACGAAGUGCCCUUUCGUUUUGGGCUUCGCGCCUCACCAUUGCACAAGGACUGGAGCCGAUUAGUUCAUUGCUUCUAUUUGAGAUAGGCCUGGUUAGCUGAUUGGGUGCUGUCAGCCAUGGCUGAUAAGCAAGCCGCGCCCGGAGUCGGUGGGUUGACGAAAAGACUCAGGCGCAAGGGCUCGGAUGUUUCAAAAGACAAACGGAGCACGAGUCAUGAACGAGGUCCGAACUCUAUACCAGCACUGAUGAUCCACGAUUCUGAAGUACCACCACCGGUGGAUUUUGAGAACUUUCUGGACGUUCAUCACGGUAUCCUUUCCCGAGAUCCGUUCAAGGACUUGCUUGUAUUCCCUGAGAAUGACAUCAAGGUUUGCACGGAGCAGCGCUUCUGCAGGACGCAGGAGAGCACCAUCCCGGAAGCAGCUGCAAAAUCCACAGUUCCACAUAUCAACCGCUGCACCAAUUACUUGAAUUCGAACUUCAGCAUCUGCGAGAGAAUGAAUAUUGUGGCCUCUGGCACACGCCUCAGUAAUCUCAGGCAGCGGCAGAGUGAGAAGGAAAAGACGAACAUGUUCCCUCACCAGGAGUAUGAGCUCGACACACAAAAUGAUCCCAAGCCAGAGGAGUCACAACCGCCACCAUCGAGG